UCAUGUAGUUCCCUUCCCUGACAUACUCAUGAAGGUCAGCUUCCAGGGAGUCUCCUUUUAUACUUCCAAGCUUGACUGGGCAUGGAAAUGGGAGAGGGAUGGGAUGAGCCAUCUUCUUUCCUGAACAGAACUGGGAAAAGAAAUAUCCAGAGAUGGAAGGGGAAAACAGCCUCCUGCCCUGCCUCAGAGUGCCCUGUGGGAACGGCCGGUGUGGGGACACAAGUGGGACGGGAGAGGCGACAACCGGGACAUCACAGAACCCGCCAGGAGCAGCAGCCUCUCGGAGGGCACAUAGGCGGCUCUCAUCCAGCGGCACUCCCGGGUGGGGAAUGCCCACUCCAGCCCCUUCCCAGAGCCCACGGACACCCGCGGCCCAGGCGGAUCCGCUCACCCCGGCUCGAACGGCCCCGACGAGCGGGAACGGCCCCGACACGCGGGAACGGCUCCGCGCAUGUGCAGCGCCGCCACCCGCCAGAAAUUGGAAUCUCCAGGGAAGAGGCACUGGAAGCACUGCAGGUGGUGAGGCAGGAAUGUCACGGAGAUGCAGCAAGGACAGCUGGGGGAUCAGGUGCCACCAGGAAAUGCACAGCCCUGGAGCUUCUGGAAGAAGAGCAAGCCCAGGGCUUCAUCAUCACCUUCUGUUCAGCACUGGACAACAUCCUGGGAGGUGGAGUGCAGCUGACAAAAAUCACCGAGAUCUGCGGAGCACCCGGUGUCGGCAAAACACAGCUGUGCAUGCAGCUGGCAGUGGAUGUCCAGAUCCCAGAGUGCUUCGGGGGCGUUGCUGGAGAAGCCGUGUUCAUUGACACUGAGGGAAGUUUUAUGGUGGACAGAGUGGUGGACAUUGCAGCUGCCUGUGUGCAGCACUGCCACCUUAUUGCUGAGGCUCAGCAAGAAGAGGAUCAUCGGAAAGCUUUGGAGACUUUCUCUCUGGAAAAUAUCCUCUCUCACAUCUAUUACUUCCGUUGUCGUGACUACACAGAGCUGCUGGCCCAGGUCUACCUCCUGCCAGAAUUCCUGUCAGAGCAUUCCAAGGUCCGUCUGGUGGUGAUUGAUGGAAUUGCCUUUCCCUUUCGCCACGACUUUGAGGACCUGUCGCUGCGCACAAGGCUGCUGAACGGGCUGGCACAGCAGCUCAUCAUCAUAGCCAACGACCAUAAAUCAGCUGUAGUUCUGACAAACCAAAUGACAACAAGAAUUGGACAAAGCCAGUCCACAUUGGUACCUGCUUUAGGAGAAAGCUGGGGACACGCUGCCACUGUCCGUUUAAUCUUCCACUGGGACAACAGUCAGAGGGGUUUGUUUUACCAGGUUGGCCACGCUGUACAAAUCACCGAGUCAGAAGGAAUCCACCGUAGCCUAUCACAUCACAUCCCAUGGCUUCCGAGAUGUGCAGCCUCCAGCUGUCACUCACAGCGCAGAAGGGACUGAGCUGAACCCUCGGAAACGGCCACGGACAGAGGAGGAGAAGCAACAGUGAUUCCAAAGUGGAAUGUUAAAAACCUGCAGGAGAGCAGUGGCAGAGUGAACACACAGCCAAAGGCAGCCUGAGAGACUCUCAGCUUCACUUCCUGCUCAGGACUUUAUUUGAACAUU